CUUGCCCGCACCAUGGAGUUCUCGGAGAGGAAAAGAAGCAGGAAAUCCCAGAGCUUCAAACUGGUGAGCCGAGAUUAUCACCAUGAGGUGUAUAAAAUCUCAGAAUUCAGCAACGAUGUUAAUGGGGAGACCAAAGAGACACAACCCAUUUUCCUAGGAGACGAAAGCAUGGAAAUUAAAAAACAAAUUACAGGGAUGAGAAGAUUACUGAAUGACAGCGCUGGAAGGAUAUAUCAACGUGUUGGCAAAGAAGGGGAAAAAUUAAAAGAAGAGCCGCAGGAUGUGGAUUUAGUCUGGCCUCAGCGGUUGAAUUCCUCCUCCGAGGCCCCACAGGGGCCUCCUUCACGUGGGACAUGGAAUGAACUACCAACCCAAAGCGGCCAGUUCUCAGGGCAGUCUGGUCCACGUUCUAGACCCUUCCAGAGUCAGCCCCGUAUCUCUGCAAGUUCCAAUGGAGAACUUCCAGGGGUGAAUUCGACAGUUGGAUCCAACUGCUGUACUUGUAACUGCCAGUCAACCUUGCAGGCCAUUCUCCAAGAACUCAAGACCAUGAGGAAAUUAAUGCAGUUUCAAGCAGUUGGAACUCAAAACAGACAACAACCCCCAAUUUCCCUUAUAUGCUCCCAGCGAACCGCCGUCUCACGCAAGAGAAAUAAAAAGAAAAAAGUGCUCCCGAAGACUGUGGAACCGGUGACGACUGUGAAACCAAAGCCCAGUCCCUUGGAAAUUGAGAAGAAGCCAGCAGCUGUGGCCACAAGGCCACCUUGUCUCCAAGCUGCAGAGCGCAUUUCCACCGAGGAGAACCACGUCUUGGGAUUUGGCAUUGUUCUGGAAUCGCCGUCCUCAGAUCCAGAAGUGCAACUUGCUGAAGGCUUCGAUGUAUUUAUGCCCAAAUCUCAGCUGGACUCUAUACUGUCAAACUACACUCGCUCAGGAAGCCUUCUGUUUAGAAAACUGGUGUGUGCGUUUUUUGAUGACAAGACUUUGGCUAACUCCUUACCCAAUGGGAAGAGGAAAAGAGGGCUCAAUGACAACCGGAAAGGACUAGACCAAAACAUUGUCGGUGCAAUAAAAGUCUUUACAGAAAAUUACUGUACUGCGAAUCAUGUGGAUAAACUUCCUGGCCCCAGAGACUGGGUACAGAUUCUACAGGAUCAGAUUAAACUGGCCAGAAGAAGGUUGAAAAGAGGCUCAGCAGAGGUAGCUGACGGUGAUGAAAGACUGGACGGCAUCUCUCUACCCCCAACAGGUCAUACAUUUGUUACCAGGAGAGAGACUCCAGAGGACCCAGAACGAAGUUCUGUUGCCUAGACUUGCAUUCUAGAACGCUCUUUGUUUCCUCCAAGGUCCGUGUAACAGUUGCUGAUCCUGCAGUGUGGGUGUUCUGUGGUGGCUUGUCCUGUCUGAAUAAUUUCUUUGUAACACGUGGUAUCACAAAUCCAGUUUGGCAUAAUAUUUUUUUAAAGAACCAUGCUUACAGUUGUUACCCUGUAAGCAUCCAGCGUGUGUGUGACCCAUCGUAAAGAAGCCAUCUCCUUCCUGUUCCUGUCCGUUCACAGCCUCACUGUCUUUCUAAACAUAUUUAUUUUAUUGUGAAUUGCUUAGCUGCAUGCAGAGAGGAAACCUUCUCUCCCAGGACUGACAGAGGUUACAAAGCAGUGCUAACUAGCCCCUCUUCAGCUUAGAGAAGGAAACAGUUGUUCUGAGAGACAGGGGAGCUCCUGCCUGGCCAGUGAAGUUGUUUGUGACGUCAUAGGAACCCGGAGCAGACAUUCGGGACUGGAGAAGUACAUAUGAUGUACGAAUUCUUAAGAAAUAAAAUCUUUCACAUAAUUUAUGAUGAUGUAAUGACAAAAAUAAAUAAAUAACUCAAAGUAACCAGCCAUCUGCUUGGGAGCUGUCAAACAUUUAAAUAUGGUUUUAACUGAGCAGCCUUGGCUUUGACCCUGUUUUCAUGUUCAUUCUGUAGUCUGGUCCCUCACUCUUGCCUUCUACUUUUUGUAAGACUAAAUAUGAGGAAAAGAAUCUGGGUUUAUUUUAAAGAAAUCAUUGCUGUGGGGAUAUUUGUUUUACAGACAUAUUUACCUCCACUUUUUUUUUUGCUAGUGAAAUAGUGCAUUGAAAAUACCACCUUACGCCGGGCAGUGGUGGCACAUGACUUUAAUCCCAGCACUUGGGAAGCAGAGGCAGGAGGAUUUCUGAGUUCAAGGCCAGCCUGGUCUACAGAGUGAGUUCCAGGACAGCCAGGGCUACACAGAGAAACCCUGUCUCGAAAAAAAAAAAAAAGAAAGAAAAGAAAGAAAAUACCACCUUAGAAAACCUUGCCUUUUCACCUUAUUUAUCAUGUAAAGCAAAUUGCCUCGAAUCUUGGGCACUGGACACAAAGGCCAAAAUUGCCAUAAAAUAAAAUGUGACUCUCAUCCACCAAACCCCAGAGAUAAAAAUCUGCCAGGACAAAAGCUUGGGCUUUUCCCUACUAUUGUUGCGGUGAUGGGUUAAAGCCAACAGUUAGCGUGCUCCAAGGACCAAGUCCCACCCUGUGAUUUCCCAGUGAGAGGGCCGAGAAGUGUGUACAAGGCUGCCUAGGACCAGGGUUCCGUUGGUGGCCAGCUGGCCAUAGAACCUGGAUGUCCUUAGGACCCUGUCCAGUGUACUGCGUCACGGAACACAGAACACUAAAGAUAGGACCAGAGCAGUAUUCCACUGAGACCAGCUAGUGAGGAUGAUAGGCCAUAUAUAUCCCUGGAAUGUGACAAAACAUGCCUCUAGGUGUUGCUGGUACAGUCAGUCUCUCGAGGAGACAGCAACAUCUCACAGAUGCACCUUUUACUUCUCUCCGUUUGGAAGCUAUGAGAAUGGCUUGGAAAUGACUCCCAUCCUGCACUACUUGUCAGCUACCAGUUUCUGUUCCCGCUGCCCCUAAUCCCUGUUUUAUGGAGCAACCUGUCUGAUGAGCUGCAGACAGACCAGGACUCUCAUUCACUCUGCAGCAGAUCCUGAAAAAAAUUGUCUUCUGCCUCCCAGAAUGAAAUACUCCUCCAGGGGACGAGAGAAGCCGAAUUAGUGCCCUUUACUCUAUUAAAUGAUGGUGAAUUUGGUUUUAGUACAGGAAGAACAUGGACUCACAACUGGAGGCCUGUUGGGUGUACACUGUAAACCUUCAGAAAACACUUUCUUCUGAGCCUGGGUGACAACUUGGAGUUGUCAGUUCUUGAGGAGGGGUGGGAUUGUUUGGCUCACAGAUAAGUACAAUAGGUUCACAGAUUGGGAAGGCAGAUUAAAACUAUAACAGUAAAACCAUGUUUUGUAAGUUUACAUUGUAUUUGUGUUAACUUACCGUGACUACUGUUCAACUUUGUUUAGAAACCCUUUUUAUAGGCUUUCUUAGCAAAAAAAUAAAAAAGUCCAUAUCUAUGGAUGAUAUGUCUCAAUCUUCUGUACAUAUGUUUUAUUAAUAUGUAAAUAUUCAGAUUUUUUAAAAUUAUGAUGUUCUUUUAAAAGAAUUCAAUGCAAAGCUAGUUGUGAAAAUGGUGUGUAACACUGUGUUGUGAUUUCAACUCCCAAGAUGCCCUUUAUGUCCAUUAUGGAAAAAUACAAUAAAUUACUUUAAUUGAAUGCACACGA